ACAAGCCCCGUAGCUGGCACCGUGCGCUUGACACUUAGUGCGUUUGUUGACCACAUAUUGACAAAUUCGCAACGACGAAAGUUUGCGAGUUGACAGCGGGCGCGAUGCAGGCGGAAUCGGGCAUCGUGCCGGACUUCGAGGUCGGAGAAGACUUCCAGGAGGAGCCCAAGACGUACUACGAGCUGAAGAGCCAGCCUUUGGCUUUGAGCAGCAAUCCGUCGGAGCAGCACGGCUCCUCCAAGACGGCGCUGAGCGCGUCCGUUAUGACAUCACGCGUGCUCCUCCGGCAGCAACUGAUGCGCGAGCAGCUGCAGGAGCAGGAGCGCCGUGAGCAGCAGCGCCAGCAGCAAACCUCGCAAUUCCUGCAGCAGCAGCAGCAUCGGCGCAGCCCCGGCACCCCCACGGCGGCCAUCGACGUCAGCGCCCCUCCCGGCCUGCCCGCCGCUACCCACGUGCCCAUGGAAGUGCUCAAGGUGCAGACCCACCUGGAGAACCCCACCAAGUACCACAUCCAGCAGGCCCAGAGACAGCAGGUGAAGCAGUACCUGUCCACCACGCUGGGCGGCAAGCUGGGCGCCCAGGCCGUCGGCCCGCCGUGCCCCAGCCAGCCCCCCGAACACGGGAUGCCCCCUGGGCCCGGAGGAAGCGCCCCCAACAGCCCCAUGGCGCUGCUCACCCUGAGCUCCACCUGCGAGAAGGAGAUGGAUGAUGUCAUUGAUGACAUUAUUAGCCUGGAAUCCAGUUACAAUGAUGACAUCCUUGGAUUAAUGGACCCGGGCCUUCAAAUGACAAAUACGCUCCCCGUGUCUGCCGCGAAUCUCCUCGAGAUGUACAACAACCAGGCCGUGCCGCAGCACCCGAUGACCGUCAGCAACUCCUGCCCCGCCAACCUGCCCAACAUCAAAAGGGAAUUCUCAGACGCUGAAGUGCGAGCUCUCGCCAAGGAGAGGCAGAAGAAAGACAAUCACAACUUGAUCGAGAGAAGACGACGAUUCAACAUCAACGAUCGCAUCAAGGAACUGGGUACUUUAAUCCCGAAGUCGAACGACCCGGACAUGCGGUGGAACAAGGGCACCAUCCUGAAGGCCUCUGUGGACUACAUCCGCAAGCUGCAGAGGGAGCAGCAGCGUGCCAAGGAGCUGGAGAACCGCCAGAAGAGGCUGGAACACGCCAACCGGCACCUGAUGCUGAGGAUACAGGAGCUGGAGAUGCAGGCCCGAGCUCAUGGGCUCUCGGUGGCGGCGUCUGCCGCGGCGUGCUCCUCGGAACUGGCGGCACGGGUCAUCAAGCAGGAGUCGCUUCGGGGAGAUUGCCACCGGGAGCCGUAUCCGGCACCCCGCCCGCCCCCGCACCCUCUCCACCUCGGGCCCGACCCGGCCGGGUCGACGACGCCGGACCUCGGCGACGGCACCGUCGGCUUCGGCGACGGCCACCGCGAGCGGGGCGACUCGGGGGCCUACGUGACCCCGGCGAAGGGCGGCUCCGAUCUGCAGGACAUCCUGAUGGACGGCGCCCUGUCGCCGGCGAGGGCGGCGGACCCCGCGCUGUCCUCCCUCUCCCCCGGGGCCUCCGGCGGGAGCAGCCGCAGGAGCAGCGUGAACAUGGAAGAGCCCGACCGCGACUGUUAGCGCCAUCGUUGCGCCCCAGCUUCUCCCUCCCUCCCUCCCGCACCCCACGGAGGGUCACCUUUCCACUCCCGCAAACACAUUUUUUUUUAAGUUCCGUUUUUAUUAACGAGUUGUUUAUUUUAGCAUUUUGGUUUCGUUUCUGUUAUGUUUCGGGUGUCAUUUGGUUUAGCUGCACUUAAAAAUAGUGUACGCCCAGAAAGUAAAGGUAAAAAAUGCUCAUUAUUUUUAAGCUUCCAGGUGUUUAGGCUGCAAAAUCCGAUUUCGUCGGAUUCCGUGACAGUAUUUGAGAAUGCGUGUUUAAAUAUGAACUCGCACCGAACGCUCAGUAUGCGCUCGCGUGGUGUUUGUCAUCACUACCUGCUGUCGAAAGUUCCGCACACUUGAAUUUGGACGGUUUUUCCGAAUGUAAAAACCAUAAUUUGUGAUUCUUCUCCUUCCUUGAUUGCCUUAAAAUAUGCUAGUGCUGCCAUUUUCUUGCAUUUUCUUAUAAUUUGACUGCUUGAAUAUCUUUACUGUCCUCAAUUAGUUGAACAUAUAUAUAUUUUUUAAUGUCUCUAGAGAAGAUAAACGUUUCAGUCAAAGAAGAAUUAAGUUAAAUUUCACUUGUCCCUUUACUCCAAAAAAUAUGCAAGUAACUGCCAAUACUAGGCAAAAAUGUUCAUGGAAAACAUUUUCUUUCUGCAGAAAUUCUGUUUUUUCUUUUAAUCCUGAACAACAAGGUUUAUUGUACUUCAGGAGCUUCACCCAAAUUUUUUCCCCCCCAUGUGUAUUUAAAUACCAAGACAGGAUGAGUUUCCAAGAAUACACUGGAGGUUUUUAUCUCUUAAUAGUAAAAAAAAAAAAAAAAAAAAAAGUAACUCCUUCAGGGACAGUUAUUUAUUUUGUACUUUGGUAUUUACAUGCACUAAAUACCACAAAAACAAAGUACGCUUUGCUCGCUGCCCCAUUGUGAAAGUGAAAACGAUCUCAGCCAUUUCGGUUUUUGACCACAAAUUACGGCCGAUUUCCACUGAUUCCGCGGCACCGGUACUGCAUGAUGGCCUUAUGAUGUUCGAAAACGCCAGAAAAAGAACAGAAAAAACUGAAAGAUUAAAUAACGCGUCAAAAUUGUGUAAGAGGAGGAAAACGACUUUCCCGAGGCCUUCUUGGGGUAUUGAUAGGAAACAGUUUUCACUGCUUUAAGAAAUUAUAUAAAAUGUAUAUUUAAUAUACAAAUAUAUAUUAAUUAUAUAUAAUAUGUUAAGUUUUUUUAUUGUAUGGAAUUUCCAUGUCUGAUCUACUUUCCCAAAAUUAACAUACAAAUUGCAAUACAAAUUACGAUAAGUGUGUAAGUGCCAUAUUACGUGUGAACAGAGAGAAGUUAAGCUGAGUAUUCGGUAUUUAUUUAUUUAUUUAAAACAUUUUUAUUCUCUUUCAAGGAUGCAAAUUCAAAGCUAAAAUUUGCUGGAGGUCUAGCACGAAAACAAACGGCUUGAAGACACUGCGUAAAUCGCAACUAAUUGCGAACGGUAGCCGAGCAAAACUGGAGAAAAUGUUGUUUUCUCUCAUUUUCCGUGUUUGGAUCCAAUCUCAUUUGACGCGUAAACUCUGUUCGUGUUGUUCUUCUAAUAUGGUGCCUUUUUUUCUGGAAAUAGCUCUGCGUUUCCAGUUUUAAGUCUUUUUAUGAAUGGAAAAAUAAGCUCUCGCGUUAAGAUUUUUUUGGAUGUUUUUCUUUUCUUUUCGCAACGGUUGGUAAAUAACAACACUUAAAGCCACUGCGUUUGGUUCCCGUAGCGCAACAGGAACAAAAAGGGGUAUUUCGGCGUAUGAGCUGCACUCUGCUUUAAUUACAUAAGCCAACCACCCGAAUCUGCCGCGCAGCGAGCGUCCGGCGGUCUCUUCCGACAUCCGCGUCGCUCCUGGUCACGCUUAUAAAUGUAGGCCUCGGCGCUCGGCUCGACCCCGGAUGACCUUCAGCAGAGCGUCGGCACGGAGCCCCAGGUGCUUCUCUCAUCUACGGUCCCUAGUUCCUCUGCGAAACACGGAAUUUGCACACGGGCUGGAAGGUUCUUCAGUCCCGUCGACCUUUCCUUGUCAAACUCCCUUUGCCACGCUUGGGGAAUAUACGAUACAAAUUUGUACUAUUUAUUGUAUAUAACACAAAUACAUUAUAUUUGUAUACUGUGUAUUUGUAUAUAAUAUGGAUUUGCACCAUAGCCUCUUUUUCAAUCAAAGCCAUUGCGUAAAAAUUGCAUUUUAAAUUAUAACCAUCUUAGAUGCAGAACUUAUAAAUUGAAUUAGAUGUCAUACUGCAGAUGUUAGUGCUGCGUAAGUAGAGGGGCGCUCCUUUUGGAGCUCUUACGGUAUUUCCGGCAUCGCUGGCACAGGGUUCGGGUCAGUCAGGCAUCCCCACGCAGGCUGGUCGGUUUGCAUGAGCAGCUGGGUAUUACCACGCUUCUGUGUGCAAACCCACAUCCCUAGACAUAAAUCCAAAUAUUGACUUUAGGCUUAUUUUCACAUUAGGGAUUUUUCUCUCUCCUCGGACAAGUCAACUAUCCUCAGUAUGUUUUCGAAGCCCGAGAUUCUAUGCACACCCCUUGUCUGGGACUUGAUGAUGAAAUUAAAGACCCUUCGUGGAUUAUUAGUCUUAAGUGAUGUGACUCUGUAUGUAUUUUGUGCUGUAAUGUGAAGCCAACUAUUCUACAACCCUGAAAUCUGCUGGUUCAGAAGGUACUUGGAAAUAUUUUCUCUUUCUGCUGGAAAAAAGUACAAUACAGUGGAAGUGUUAAUGACAUUUACUGCAAUAAUUGUCGCCUCGAUGCCACGUGUUCCUCCAAAGAAAAUGUAUUUUUUGUGCUUUUAUUCCUGACAGUGCAAGUGAUUCAAAACAAAAAUGUUGUGACAUUCUGCAUGCUCUCAUGACAUGUUUAACGUGCCCUAACUUUGCGUUCAAAAUGCCGGACGUGUUUUUAACAAUUAUAAUAUUUAUAUUACUAUGUAAUAGAGAGCGAUGGUGUAUUUGAACUUUUAAUGAACGCUGGGAGGUCAUUUUAACGCGAAAACCGAAAUGAGAGUUCGAUAACGUCAUUUUUAACAUUCUGACACUCGUACUGAACGCGUGUACGUGCGUGCGUUGCAUUGUGUGAUUUGUUGCGGCAAUCUAAAAAGCUUUCCUGUUACAUUUCUACUGAUUAAUAGUGUGCGACUGUAGCCGAGCGCCUAUGUACCGAGAAUCAUGCCUUUAUGACGGUAGCGUCGAGCACUUGGGCACCGGUGAGGUCUCCAGUGCCGCUCGGUGACAGAAAAUGAUCUUCCUGCGUGUAAAUGACCUACUUUGUAUAGUCGUCACCAAAAUGACUCCGUUUUAUACACCGUCCAGCAUUGUAGAUCUAUGCAAUUGUGAAUGUGUUUGUCUGCACAUGUUUUUCUUGCACAUGUUGAACGUGAAGGAGUCCUUUCCGGUCGGGUUAUACCGGGACAGACUGGGCCGAGGGCGAGACCGGCAGGAGGUGCCUUACGCUUCAGGAACCGGUUCUUUUCGAACCUGCGCUGAUGCACGGGCUUCGGGGGAGUUCCCUUGGUGGACUGGAGUUUGGCGUUGUAGUAUGUUGAAGGACGGUCGCCGGUGGUGUGAGAUCGUCGCGAAUAACCGGAACACGGUGAGUAGCGCGAAGAGGGCGUGUGGGAAUGUCUCCGGUGAUGAAGCGUGGUGUCCCGUUUCGAGACUGAGCGCGAAAUGUUCAAACUCCUAUCAUUCUCUCGAGUGUGACCCCAGAGCUCUGGCUCUCUUUUAUUUUAAUUUCUUAUAUAUUUCUAUAGCUGGAUAUUUCACUGGGGAGGGUCCAGUUUAGGACCUGCUCAAAGAUACUGCAGCAGGGCCCCUUUCUGGACCUUAAUCUGGAUGCUUCACGUUGUGUCCUCAACCACUAUGCCAUCUGCUGUUGGGUGGUGUUGCGGGAGGUGUCUCAUGGGUGAGCCAGUAGGUCAACAACAGCACACUUUUCAGGACUUGGUGUGCAGCUUUGCCUUAAGAACCACAGCGGUGAAGACGCAAGACUCCUUCGCUUCACUCCGACGUGACCCGAAGCGACUUUGCCGAGGUGUAGCGGACCGUUCCGUUCCGCUGUGCUUCAUUUUUUUUUGCCUCUGCCGGAGAGUGUUUAUUAGCGUUUCCGAAACGACGACGGCAGUGGUGCAGAAUCUUCUGAAAAUCCGAGGGCAGGAGGUGAAGCUUGAGCUGCAUUAAGUCCCGAGUCGGCGAUGCACUGGAGAGCGAACGCACACGCGCACACACACACACACACACACACGCAGCUUCUGCAACCCGGAGCAUCGCUCGCUCCCCGUCUCCACUGAGACACUCAGUACUGUAAGGUGACUAAUGCCCCUUCGGCAAAAAAAAAAAGAAAACGUGCAAUGGGGACUCCCGGUGUGAACCGUAUUGUCAGGGAUGGACAUUAAUAUGUAUUCAGUGGAGCUGAAUGUGGAAAUGUUGUCAUGAAACAUUAAAAUAUGUUGUCUUCACUUUUGCGAAGUGAUUCUUUAUUUGUUUAAAUUUUCAUCCAAUACUUGCACGAUCAGUACU